AUGACCACUGACAUCGCGACGAGGGAGCUCCGGGAGCCCAUUGACGUCGUCGAGUAUCUCUACCGGCGGUUGUACGAGGUUGGAGUCCGAUCGGUCCAUGGUUUACCGGGUGACUAUAACCUGGUAGCCUUGGACUCUCUACCGAAAUGUGGGCUGAAGUGGGUUGGAAACUGUAACGAGUUGAAUGCAGGAUAUGCGGCCGAUGGCUAUGCACGAGUCAAUGGAAUCAGUGCCUUGAUCACCACAUUUGGCGUGGGCGAGUUGUCUGCUCUCAAUGCGAUCGCGGGGGCGUAUUCCGAGUUUGUGCCGAUCGUGCACAUCGUCGGCCAACCCAGCACCAAAUCGCAGCGAGAUGGGAUGCUGUUGCAUCAUACCCUCGGUAACGGAGACUUUAACGUCUUCGCCAAUAUGAGCGCCGGGAUCUCCUGUGCCAUGGCCAAGCUCAACGACCCCCACGAAGCGCCGACUCUGAUUGACAACGCCAUUCGGGAAUGCUGGAUCCGCAGUCGGCCCGUUUACAUCACUCUCCCGACUGACGUGGCCGUGAAGAAGGUGGAAGGCGCCCGGUUGAAGACGCCUCUUGACCUUUCCUUCCCCCCGAACGAUCCCGAGCGGGAAGACUAUGUCGUUGAUGUUGUCCUCAAGUAUCUCCAUGCGGCAAAGAACCCCGUCAUCCUGGUCGAUGCCUGCGCCAUUCGUCACCGCGUUCUGGACGAGGUCCACGACUUUGUUGUGGCCUCGGGCUUGCCCACCUUUGUGGCUCCGAUGGGCAAAGGCGCAGUGGACGAGUCUCACGAGAAUUACGGAGGCGUCUACGCUGGAGACGGCUCGAAUGCUGGCGUUCGCGAACAAGUUGAAUCCUCCGACCUGAUCCUGAGCAUCGGGGCGAUCAAAUCCGACUUCAACACUGCCGGAUUCACUUACCGGAUUGGACAACUCAACACCAUUGACUUCCACAGCAACUAUGUGCGCGUCCGGUACUCCGAGUAUCCCAACACCAACAUGAAGGGUGUUUUGAGGAAGAUUAUCCAAAAGAUGAACAAGCUCACCCCGUCACCCAGCCCAUCGGUUUCGAAUCAGCUACCCGAUUCCGAAAAGGACUCCUCGGAGGAGAAGAUCACGCACUCGUGGCUGUGGCCUUCCGUCGGACAGUGGCUGAAGCCGAAUGAUGUCGUCAUCACGGAGACGGGUACUGCCAACUUUGGCAUUUGGGAGACUCGGUUCCCCAAGGGAGUAACCGCAAUCAGCCAGGUUCUUUGGGGCAGUAUCGGAUAUUCUGUUGGUUCUUGCCAGGGAGCCGCACUGGCCGCCAAGGAGCUGGGUAAUCACCGAACGAUUCUGUUUGUCGGAGACGGAAGUUUCCAGCUCACUGCGCAGGAGGUGAGCACGAUGAUCAAACACAAGCUCAAUCCUAUCAUUUUUGUGAUCUGCAAUGAGGGCUACGAGAUUGAACGGCAUAUCCACGGCUGGUCCGCCGAUUACAAUGAGAUCCAGCCCUGGAGCUUCAAGGAUAUCCCGGUCACCUAUGGGGCCACUGAGGAGGAAUACAAGGGCUACCAGGUCAAGACCCGAGAAGAGCUCACCGCGCUCUUCGCCGACGAAACCUUUUCCUCCGCCCCGUGUCUGCAGCUUGUGGAAUUGCACAUGCCUCGGGGAGACGCCCCAUUGGCACUCAAGAUGACCGCUACCGCUGCUGCCUCUCGGAACAAGGAGUGA